AUGGCCUCACCUCCGAAUGUGACAGUUCAUACUAUAAGAGCAAUAUUAAAUGAAGUGAUAGAUUCUCUCGAGUCACCAGACUAUUCUUCUAAGUUAGAUGAAGCUAAAGAGGCUGCUGGGAAUGAAAUGUUAAAAAUGAUGCAACUAGUUUUUCCAAUGGUAGUUCAGAUUGAAAUGGAAACAAUUAAACGCCAUGGAUUUAGUGGCUCUAGGGAAGGUAUAGUGCAGUUCACUCAGCUACUCUACUGUGGACACUUCUUUGUAAAUAAGAUACCG